AUGCCGGCCAAGGGGUGCUACUUCCUCAACGAGGGCGAGGAGGGCCCGGACCCGGACGCCCUGUACGAGAAGUACCGCCUCACCAGCCAGCACGGGCCACUGCUGCUGACGCUGCUGCUGGUGGCCAUCGCGGCCUGCGCCGCCCUCAUCGGCAUCGCCUUCGGCCGCGGGGACCCGUCCGGGCAGCAGGCCGUGCUGGCGACGGCGUUCCUGGCGCUCGCCGUGUUCGCGGGGCUGUACGUGCUGGUGUACGUGGAGCGCCUGGCGCGGCGCUGGCUGCGGGCCUCGGCGCUGCUCAUCUGGGCCUGCCUGCUGGCGCUGGGCUACGCGCUGGUGUUCGACGCGUGGAGGAGGGCGGCCUGCGCCUGGGAGCAGGUGCCCUUCUUCCUGUUCGUCGUGUUCGUGGCGUACACGCUGCUGCCCUUCACCAUGCGGGGCGCCCUGGCGGCCGGCGGCGUCUCCAGCGCGUCCCACCUGCUGGUGCUCGGCACGCUGAUGGGCGUCUCCCCGCCGCCCGGCGUCCGGGUGUGGCUGCAGCUGCUGGCCAACGCGGUGGUGUUCCUGGGCGGGAACCUGGCGGGCGCCUUCCACAAGCGGCAGAUGCAGGGCGCCGCCCGCGAGCUCUUCACCUACACGGUCAAGUGCAUCCAGAUCCGCCGCAAGCUGCGCGUCGAGAAGCGCCAGCAGGAGAACCUGCUGCUGUCGGUGCUCCCGGCCCACAUCUCCAUGGGCAUGAAGCUGACCAUCAUCGAGCGGCUCAAGGAGCGCGGGGACCGGCGCUGCCUGCCCGACAACAACUUCCACAGCCUCCACGUCAAGCGGCACCAGAACGUCAGCAUCCUCUACGCUGACAUUGUGGGCUUCACACGCCUGGCCAGCGACUGCUCCCCCAAAGAGCUGGUGGUGAUGCUGAACGAGCUGUUCGGGAAGUUUGACCAGAUCGCCAAGGCCAACGAGUGCAUGCGCAUCAAGAUCCUGGGCGAUUGCUACUACUGCGUGUCCGGGCUGCCCGUGUCCCUGCCCACCCACGCCCGCAACUGCGUCCAGAUGGGGCUGGACAUGUGCGAGGCCAUCAAGCAGGUGCGGGAGGCCACCGGUGUGGACAUCAGCAUGCGGGUGGGCAUCCACUCGGGGAACGUGCUGUGCGGGGUCAUCGGGCUGCGCAAGUGGCAGUACGACGUGUGGUCCCACGACGUGUCCCUGGCCAACCGGAUGGAGGCGGCCGGCGUGCCUGGCCGGGUGCACAUCACCGAGGCCACGCUGAGCCACCUGGACCAGGCGUACGAGGUGGAGGAGGGCCACGGGCAGCAGCGGGACCCCUACCUGAAGGAGAUGAACAUCCAGACCUACCUGGUCAUCGACCCCCGGAGCCAGCAGCCGCCCCCGCCCAGCCAGCACCUCCCCAAGCCCAAGGGGGACGCGGCGCUGAAGGUGCGGGCCUCCCUGCGCAUGACCCGCUACCUGGAGUCCUGGGGCGCCCAGCGGCCCUUCGCCCACCUCAACCAGCGGGAGAGCGUGAGCAGCGGCGAGACCCCCGUGCCCAGCGGCCGGCGGCCCAAGGCCAUCCCACUGCGGCGCCAGCGCACCCCGGACAGAAGUGCGUCCCCCAAGGGGCGGUCGGAGGAUGACUCCUGCGACGACGAGAUGCUGUCAGCCAUCGAGGGGCUCAGCUCCACCAGGCCCUGCUGCGCCAAGUCGGACGACUUCUCCGCCUUCGGGUCCCUCUUCCUGGAGAAGGGCUUCGAGCGAGAGUACCGCCUGGCGCCCAUCCCCCGCGUCCGCCACUACUUCGCCUGCGCCAGCCUCGUCUUCCUCUGCAUCCUGCUGGUCCACGUCCUGCUCAUGCCCAGGACAGUGGCUCUGGGGGUGUCCUUCGGGCUGGUGGCCUGCGUGCUGGGGCUGGUGCUGGGCCUGUGCUUCGCUGACGAGCUGCUGCGGUGCUGCCCGGCCUGGACGGCGCUCCGGGCCGUCGCUGAGAGGGUGGAGACGCACCCGCUGCUGCGCGUGGCCCUGGCCGUGCUCGCCGUGGGCAGCCUGCUCACCAUCGCCAUCGUCAACAUGCCCUUGCUGCCCGCUGGGAACCAGACCGGCCUGAGGGCCGGGAGCAGCAGGGAGCGGACCCCUUGCGAGCUCCUCCCGUAUCACACCUGCAGCUGCAUCCUGGCCUUCGUCGCCUGCUCCGUCUUCCUGAGGAUGAGCCUGGAGCUGAAGGUGGCGCUGCUGACGGCGGCCCUGGUGGCCUACCUGGCGCUCUUCCACCUGUCCCUGUGCGCGCAGGCGGCCUGCUGCGGCCCCGGCCCGGCCAACCGCACCGGCACCAACGCCACGCUCAGCUCCCCCGCCUGCUCCUGGCCCGACCUGAAGAUCAUGGUCAGCUUCUACCUGGUUCUGUUCUACGCCACCCUCGUCUCGCUCUCCCGGCAGAUCGACUACUACUGCCGCCUGGACUGCCUGUGGAAGAAGAAGUUCCAGAAGGAGCAGGAGGAGUUCGAGACCAUGGAGAGCGUGAACCGCCUGCUGCUGGAGAACGUGCUGCCGGCCCACGUGGCCGCCCACUUCAUCGGGGACAAGCUGAACGAGGACUGGUACCAUCAGUCCUACGACUGCGUCUGCGUGAUGUUCGCCUCGGUGCCAGAGUUCAAGGUCUUCUACACGGAGUGCGAUGUCAACAAGGAGGGGCUGGAGUGCCUGCGGCUGCUCAACGAGAUCAUCGCCGACUUCGACGAGCUGCUGCUGAAGCCCAAGUUCAGCAGCGUGGAGAAGAUUAAGACCAUCGGCAGCACCUACAUGGCGGCCUCGGGGCUCAGCGCGCCCUCUGGGCACGAGAACCAGGACUUGGAGCGCCAGCACGCCCACAUCGGCAUCAUGGUGGAGUUCAGCAUGGCGCUGAUGAGCAAGCUGGACGGCAUCAACAGGCACUCCUUCAACGCCUUCCGCCUGCGUGUCGGCAUCAACCACGGGCCGGUGAUCGCCGGUGUGAUCGGGGCGCGGAAGCCCCAGUACGACAUCUGGGGGAACACGGUCAACGUGGCCAGCAGGAUGGAGAGCACCGGGGAGCUGGGCAAGAUCCAGGUGACCGAGGAGACGAGCAGCAUCCUCCAGGGCCUUGGCUACUCCUGCGAGUGCCGCGGCCUGAUCAAUGUCAAGGGCAAAGGGGAGCUGAGGACCUACUUUGUGUGCACGGACACUGCCAAGUGCCAGGGGCCCGGGCUGAACUGA